AUGAGAGCUGAUCGGCUUACCACUAUUUCAUAUUUCGAGGAUCAUGGAAAGAAUGAGCGCCACUCUACUUUAAAACUGUUGAAUAAUGAACGUGAACUGCCAGCUGUUCCAAGGGAUGAAAUCGUUUAUCGAGUGUCAGAUGACGUCAUUUAUGCGUGGAAUUCGAUUUGUGUGCAGCCAUUGAUUGCAGUUGCUCUCACUGGAUUGAUAAUCAGCAUUGCCUUCUUCAAUUUUGCCGGCACAACGGUCACGAAGAAUUUAUCGGCGACCACACGAACUGUUGUUGAUUGUGCCCGAACGAUCAUCAUUUGGGCAGCUGGCAUACCACUUUUCGGGCAGAAAUUCAUUCCUCUGCAGCUAAUCGGCUUCGCUCUGCUUAUCGUUGGCAUGUGUGUCUACAACGACAUCGCAUUCGGACCAUGGUAUCGUCGGAAAGUUCUGCCUAAGAUGGACAGCUCCCAUUGUGCAGCUAGGUGA